AUGUGUUUGUUGUUGAUUGCAUUUUUUGGUGAUAACUACAAUAUAAAAGAGUGUAGGGGCUGGAAGACAACGAAAGUUUUAAGUGCUACCCGUCCACUUUUCCUUGUUGUUCAAAAGGAAUUGAUCAUUGACGUUGGUAAUACUCAGCAGAGGCUUUAUCUGGAUCCUGUUAACCGUAUUCCUGGACCCAAAGUUGGAUGGUUCCCACUAAUGGGUAAUUAUCUUGAGAUUAUAAAAAAUGAAUCCGGUGAACCUCAUAAAUAUUGGGCAAAACAAUAUGGUGGCAUCUUUGUUUAUCAUGGUCCUUGGAACUCACCACGUGUAGUUGUUACAGAUGAUGUCUUAUUAAAACAAGUUUUGACUUCUCAAGAAUAUGAUUUCAUCAAAACACCUGAGGCUUCAAAAUUUUUGCGUCGCUUUUUGGGUGAUGGUUUGCUUACGGCUGAAGGUGAAGUACAUCGUCAUCAACGUAAGAUGUUAAAUCCUGCUUUCUCUGUUAAUGCCAUUCGUGCUCUUGUCCCUUUGAUGGCUAUACCAGGCCGAAUGCUUAGAGAUAAAUGGCUAAAUAUGAUAAAUCAAUUGGAUAAAAACGGUAAUGGAAUAAAUAAAAAGAGAGUGAUUGUAGACGAAGAUAACGAAAGAAAGGAGGAAUUUACAGAGAUUGAGAUUUCGAACGAUUUAUCUUUAGCAACACUCGAUGUUAUUGGAUGGGCCUUUGGUCAAGAUUUUAAAUCAUUGGAAUUUUCAGGUACGCCUCAACAAAGUAAAUUAAGUCAGGCGUAUCUUCAUAUCUUUUCACAAGAUACAUCUAUCAUGCGAAUCUUAAGUUUUAUAUUUCCUAUCUUGAACAACUUUCCUACAGAGAGAAAUAAGAAAAUUCGUAGAGAUUUAAAAUGGCUUGAUGAGGAAAGUAAAGCUUUAGUUCAGGCUGGUAUAGAUCGUGCAGCAUCUGCAGCUGCAAACCCGGAUAUGAAGCAAAAUCAACCAAAGGAUCUUUUAGCUACAAUGGUAGAUUUAAUUGAUGAAGAAACGGGCAAAGGGUUUACAUUAGAAGAAAUGAGAAAUCAAUGUCUUACUUUUAUGGCAGCUGGACAUGAAACAACAAGUGUUAGUUUGAGCUGGUGUCUUUGGCUAUUAGCAAAAAAUCAAAAAGUUCAAGAUGAGUUAAGAGCCGAAAUAAAUACCUUGUUUACAGAUGAUAAAGAUGAAACAAUACCCACCUACGAUGAAAUCAAUUCGUUACCUUUAUUAAAUAAUGUCGUUCGGGAAACAUUGCGUCUAAUUCCUCCUGUACCUACUACCACCCGUAUUACCCGUGUUCCAGUCACAUUAGGUUCAUAUGUCUUACCAAAGGGUACAAGAGUAUUUUUAUCACCAAUCACCAAUCAUCAUUCAAUAGAAAUUUGGGGAGAUGACGCCGAGGCAUUUAACCCUUAUCGUUGGGAAAAGCAGGAAAAGAUAGGAAACGCAUAUCAAUACAUACCAUUUUUAGCGGGUGGCCGACAAUGUAUUGGCUAUCGAUUUGCUUUGAUUGAAUUUAAAAUUUUAUUAGCAUUACUUAUCAAGCAUAUUCAAUAUUUUGAAAAGCCUGGAUUUAAAGUUACAAAGAAACAGCACGUUACUUUAAGGCCUUCACCAAAUAUGAUACUUUGGAUGAAGCAAAUAUAA